CUAGCACAAAGCCAACAUGGAUCACCAUUCACCAAGACUCUGCAAUUAAUCUUAUCAUGAAAACAAUAAACGGUAAAAAAUGAGGACCAUAUGCUUAAAAAUACAAAAGAAAAGAGAGACGUUAUAAGUCACUACCCGCCACUCUAAUAUCAUCACUGUUUUUUGCACCUUACUCUUCAUACCAUUAAUUCAUUCAAUCAAAUUCACCAAUUACAAUUAACCAAACCAAAACGUUCCAUUGUUUCGAAACGCCACAACGAUUCAGAACCUGCAAAAUCACUUUUCAGUUUUCUUCAUCCAAUCCAAACACACGCUGAUUCGUGACGUUUAACAAUGGGAUGCAACACCUCACGCCUCGAUCACCUUCCGGCGGUGGCUCUCUGCCGUGACCGCUGCAAGUUCGCCGACGAAGCACUCCGUCAAAGCUACGCCCUCGCCGACGCACACGUGGCGCAUAUGGACUCCCUCAGAACCCUUGGCCCCGCUCUCGUUUGCUUCUUCGAUCACUUCCAAGAAACCAAAACCGUUUCAAUUUUAUCAUCACCACCGCCGCCGCCGCUGCCAGUAGCAGCACCACCUCACUCUCCGCCACCAUGUUCUGAUGAAUUUCCUCUGCAUUCUGAAUCCGAUGAUGAUCAUGAUGCAGAUAAUGAACCACCUCGUUAUGAUGAUUAUCUAAACCACCGCAUUUUAUCCCCUGCUACGCCGCUUUCUCCGCCGUAUAGCGGUGGCUUUUGGGGUUCGAAAUCGGCACCGUCGCCGCCUCCUCCGACGAGCUCAGCCUGGGAUUUGUUCAAUUUCUUCGAGCCUUAUCAAUUGCCGUACGGUCAUAGUGCGAGUUUUGACAACGACUCUACAGAGGAGGAGAAGGAAAAUGGCAAAAUCGUCAUGAGUCACGAGAUGACUCAGCAGCAGAAAGGUGAUGGUGAUGGGUCUGGAAUUGAAUCCAAAAUUGAAGGUAAGGUGAAGAAUGAUGCAGAAAGUAACAAUGGUGAAUUGAAGAAAAAUGAGACUGAUACUGAUUCCAAGGAAAAAUCGAAAGAGUCAGAGGAAUGCUGCAACCAGAAGAAAGGUUUCAGUGAAGCAGUGAAAGAGAUUCAGAUUCUAUUUGCUAGAGCAUCGGAUUCUGGGAACUCGAUUUUGGAAAUGCUGGAAGUUGGGAAGCUCCGUUACCAUAAACAACUUGAUUUCAUACCAGUUUCAUGCAAGGUGAUGCAUGUGUUUGCUCUCUCUAAUUCCUCAUUGGUUGGAGGGAGAAGGAGACCAUGUGGGCAUGAAGGAGAAGGACUCAGCUAUGGGAAUCUCUGCUCUACUUUGAAGAAGGUGUGUCUGUGGGAGAAGAAGUUGUAUCAUGAAGUUAAGGCUGAGGAAAAAUUGCGCACACUUCAUGAGAAGAAGUGUAGGCAGUUGAGACGCAUGCUUAAAAAUGAUGCUGAUGCACACAAAAUUGAUUCUGUUCAAGCUUUCAUUGGGGUUUUAGCUACAAAAAUGAAAAUCUCUAUCCAAGUAGUUGACAAGAUAUCUAUUACGAUUAGCAAGUUGACAGAAGAGGAGCUGUGGCCACAGAUCAACAGGUUUAUUCACAUGUUUCUAGGAAUGUGGAAAGAUAUGCAAGAGUGUUACAGAUUGGCGUAUGAGGAAAUUGCUGAAACCAAAACUUCAGAAGCCACUUCAUUCAAUAAAAAGCUUGGCACUGCCCAUAUUGAUGCAAUAAUAAAACUCAAAUCCGAGGUACAGAAAUGGAAUUUGAGCUUCUCAGAUUGGAUUCAGGCCCAGAAAUCCUAUGUGAAAGCCUUGAAUGGUUGGCUAGUACGAUGUUUAAUGUAUGAACCUGAAGAAAUACCAGAUGAUUCACCACCUGUGUAUGUGAUCUGUAACAAAUGGUCACAGGCAGUGGAUAAUCUCUCAGAGAAGAAUGUAUUUGAAGCCAUAACUGGAUUCAUGUUCAGAGUGAAUGAGCUAUUAGAAAAGCAUAUAUUAGACCUCCAGCAAAAGUUAACAUUGGACAAGGAACUGGAGAGAAAAGUGAAAGUUUUGAAGAGGCAGGAGCAGAAAAUGCACAAGGUGGUUUCAGUUGCAAGAGAAGAAACUGUGCAUCAUGGUGAUGUUGUUGAUAUGAUCAGCCUUCAAUCAGGACUGAAAGAGAUCUUUGUUGCCUUGGAUAGGUUCACUGCUACCACUGCUGGCGUAUAUGAAGAACUUAGCCAGCAAAUGAAGCAAGAGAACCCUGUUUUGGGAGAAUCCAGCAAAAUUCAAUAGUUUUAUACUGCUCGGAUUCUGAUAUUUAAGAUUGAACCUAUCUCUUACACCUUUCUUAAUUCUGAACUUAGUUUUUUGUACACAGGUGUAUCUCAAUUUUUCCGAAUACAUGUUUAGCAUUUAAAACCAAAACUAUAUGAUGUUAUGAUAAAUUAUGGACUUCUGUCUC